AUGGCAGAUUCUACGCCAGACUCCAGCAGACAAGAUAUGCUUAGUCUUUUUAUACGUUAUGUUGAUGAAAACUUUAACCCAGUUGAACGUUUUAUAGGCAUUGACGAAACUAUUGGAAAAACAGGUGAAUUACUUUCGAACCAAAUAUUGUCAAUAUUAGAAGAAAGCGGCCUUGAUCAAUUAAAAUUAAUUUCACAGUCUUAUGACUAUACCGCAAAUAUGAGUGGUCAGUUCAAAGGUGUACAAAAUUUAAUUACUACCAAAUUAAAUCCAAACAUCAUUUAUAUUCCAUGUGCAUCUCACCGAUCAAACACUGCGGUGAAACAUUCUUGUGAUGAAAGCGUUGACAUUAUUACAUUAUUUGGAAAACUUCAAAAAAUUGAAAAAAAUAAUGUUGAUGCUGAAACUAGACAAGAAGCCAAAUCUAUAUUAAAAAAUAUGCAAUGCUACAGUUUUAUUUUGUAUUUAAUAUUUAUGAAAAAUGUACUUGCCAUGACAAAUGCAUUGACAUGUGAACUUCAAACUGAAAGUUUGAACAUUAUUUCUUCUAUUGAAGUUAUAGAUAAAACCUGUUCACUAUUAACAACUGAGCGAAACAGUGAUCGAAAUUUACGAAAUAUUAUUUUAUUAAGUGAUAAGGUAGCAGAAGAACAUUCAAUUGAUACAACGGAAGAAUUUAAAACGAAACAUCGUCCUCGUCGUCCUCCGAGAAAAAUUGGUGAUAAUCCUCACACUACUCAUGUAUUUACACGGGCUGUUUUUGAUCGUUUGAUAACCGAAUAUCGUGAACUCAUUUCAAAUUUAAUUAAGAAUUUACGGUCUGUAGGAAAACUAAGUCCGAAUUAUAUAAUCCAUAUUGAUCUAAAUGAUGCAAAAGCAAUCUGUGAAGGUGAGAAAAUUGAUGAUCCAAAUCUAUUAUUAACUGAAUGUCAGUUGUAUGCAGAUGACAUAAAAAAUUAUGACAAUAUAACAGCAGCUGGUAAAUUCAUUGCUGAACGUAAAACUUUGUUACCAUGUUUAUAUCAGGCAUUCCGUUAUUUCCUGACUUUUCCUGUUACCGUCGCAAGCAAUGAACGUGAAUUCAAUAAAUUGAAGAUAAUUAAAAAUCGUUUAAGAUCAACCAUGGGUGACGAAAGACUUAAACAGUAA